AUGGCGGUGCUUGCAGAUAUACUACCGGUGGUUUCGAGGAGUUCGGCUCUUGCACUGAAGUUCUACGGCAUUGCUGCUGAGUCGCCUGCGGCUGCGAAAGACCUAGUUGGCGUUGCGAAUAAGAUAAAUGAAUUUGCCGCCAUACUGAAGCAACUUGGGACCAUCAUCAAGGAGGAUGAUCGCUUACCAUCACCUGAGGCCAUCGAUACUCUGGACGAUGUCAUUGAUCAAGCUCAAACAUUACUUGCCAGCUUCGAAUCGACUAUACCAACCGAAGACGAAAAGCACCAUGAUCGAAGAGACGAUCCCCCUUCUACUCAGAAUAGCCGUUCGCAGUUACAUCCUUCGACCAAAGCAAGCUUAGAUUAUCUUUCAGCUCACCUGGAAGCAUUGAGCAUGACACUGUCUGUCCUGCUUCAAACUCUAUAUGCAGCGCAGACUAUAAUGUGGUCAAAACUACGUCCCACGGUAUCUCCACAGCAAGCCGCCAAACUCGUUGACAACGAAAAAGUUCAACUAGAGACACUCAUCAUUCAACAGCAACUGUCAAUUUUGUCAGCAUCAAAUCUUUACGAACACUUGCCACGAUCUGACGCGCGCCUGUUGAUGGAGGCAGACAGCUCUCAGAGCUUAGUGAUCACAGAGCGUGGCGAGAUUCCUAGGCCAUCUAGUCUCCGUUCAUAUCAGGAUGAGGAUUUGACAAGCCUCGACACAUCGGUAUACAGCGAAGCGAAUGGAUUACCUGCAGUUUUGAGCAUAUCAGCUUCACGUACGGAGCGCUUGCUGCAACAAUGGACAAGUCUGCCUCUAUUUGAGCGUCGCUUACAGGACGAAGAACGCGAGAUGCAAAGGCAGAGAUGGGAAAACCAACAAGCUACUGUUGAAUCUGAUAGUGAAGAAGAGAGUCGCAGAUCGAAGCUGUCAGGCGAUGGUACUCGGCGAACUGAUGGGCUGGGAAGCAUACAGCCGCUAUUUACUGAAGUCAACGAUACGCCCAGUCCACCACAGGAGAAGCAGUAUGGUCCAAAUGCACCGCCAACACCUGUUUCUACACCUCACACAUCGCGAACGAGCAUGCCACCAGCCGCCAACGAACAGUACAUAUCUACCUCACCCCGAUCAAGUAUGGGGAGUCUGCCAGUCGAGGCAGCCGCCGCGGUAGAAGCGAAGGAGGAAGACAGCGAGGUCGAUCUAGGUAUACCGUGGAAGUUAUGUACGCGCAAAUACUACUGGCGUUUCAUUGAUGCCAAACAGGUCAGCUCAAACACUGAUCAAGCGUAUUCUCUGGCCUAUCUGGAACGUAGCAGCUGGACCGAGAUCAUGGCAAGCUGGGUGUGCAAGGAAGCAAUCAGAGAGGCGGGUUUCAGAUUUACGCAAUACCAAAAGGAGCGAAAGGAUAGCAGGAGGACAAGAGGCGAGACAUGCUUCUGCAUCGAGCGGCCAUUACAAUUCAACCAGGUCAAGCAUCUUGUCGAAAGGACUGUUGAUAUUUACCGGAAGACAGCACCAUCGACUCCGCCUCAACAGCCACAAGUCAGGAGAUCAUCUUUCAAUCGUCCUCCACCACCACCUAGUAUCUUGAAAGGAAGCACAUUCGAUCGCGAUCGAACACCAGUACCGCGGAACACACAUCCCCCGCUUGACCGCGCGAACAGCUCAAUGCACUUUGCGCCGCCACCUGGGCCACCACCGCUAGAUCGCUCGCUAUCAAUGCCUGGACCCGGUCUCGUUCCACCACCACCGCAAUCAAAUAUUCAGACCCGCACUCCGAACCUCCAAAUACCAGUACCCAGUCAAUACAUACCUCAGCAACCACAGUUCCCUCAGUCUCCACGACUACCACAGUACCCACCCCAAGCCAACGGCUAUCCAUCGCAGCCCAUGAACGCAGCAGCUGCACCAUCAUACUACCCACCACCUCCAAACGCCCCUUUCGCGAACACACCCUUACCCCCACAUCCGCAAUUCCAAAACCAAAACUAUCACAUACAAGCUUCACCUCUCCGCCAAUCAUACAUGAACCCAAGCAAUCGACGGUACGAUGACGAUAUUACGACUUCUGAAUCUGAACUCGAGCGACCCAGACGACGUAGGUCGAAGUCGAGGAGCAGAAUUUACGAGAAAGAACGGGAAAGGGAGAGGGAAAGGGAUAAGUAUGGGAAGAAGAGUUACACUGGGAGGAAGGCAGCGGCGGGUGCGUUGUUGGGUGUUGGUGGAUUGACGGCGUUGCUGGAUGGGCUGAGUGGACUGUAA